AUGAGGCGCUGGAAAACCUGGGAAAGUUUAUCUGUUGAGGAUUAUUUCGACGAAAUUACGCAACCGACUCGCUGGAACUCAUUUGAAACUCUGGACAAGAUGUCAUUAAAUGACGGUGGAUUAAAGCUGGCACAGAAAUCCACAAGUAACCAAAGUGUUAUAAGCGACCCGUCUGCGCUAUGUUCUGUUUGCAAGCAACCCUUUCAUCGGCCUAGGUUUCUACGAUGUCUUCACAGCUUUUGCAAGAGCUGCAUCGAAAGUCUUGCUGGAAAAACAAGUGGAGAAGCCGAAGGAACCGUUGUCUGCCCUAUAUGUUCAUUCCCGAGUGAACUUGGAAGUAAAGGAAUUGAAGAACUGCCUGUGAACUUUCUUAUACUCAAAAAUCCGAGUUACGUGGUAGAGGAAAGAAAAAGUCCAAUCAAGUGUGGAAAUUGUGAAGAUAACUCCGAAGCCACCGGCCAAUGCAGUGAAUGCAAGGAAUAUUUGUGUGACAAGUGCACAGCUGCUCAUAGAAGAGUGCGUGUUACGAGAGACCAUCACAUAAUUCCUCUGAGUGAGUUAGGGAAAGAAAAUGACGAUAAUAACAAUGUUUGGAACCCCGAUAACUGCUCGGAGCACAACCGUGAAGAAGUGACGUACUUCUGCUCAACAUGCAACAAACCUAUUUGUCGAGAAUGCACUGUUGUGAGUCAUCCAAAAACAACUCACUCAUUCGAACCACUUAAAGAUGCAUCGAACAAGCACAGGCAAGAAAUAACUGCGCUCUUGGAUACGAUUAAACUAAGGACUCCUUUUGUAAAAAGAGCUUUGCUAGAGAUCGAGGAGGCAUGUGAAGAUAUACCUCGACACACAAUUGCAAUGGAAGAGCAAAUUCGAAGUUCAACAGCACGCUAUAUAAGAGCGUUGAAACAACGCGAAGAACAGUUGUUGGACGAUCUGGGAGCCAUGAGAGAAUAUAAAGCCACAUUGCUGGAACAGCAAAAGGAACGUUUAUACAAAGGAUUUAGGGGUAUUGAGAGCAACUGUGGUUUGGUGGAAAAGUUACUUCAAGAAGGAAACGCAGCUGAAGUCGCCAGGGUAAAAGAUUUUAUGACAGGACGACUUCGAGGUUUAACAAGCGUGAUUCAAGACAUGUCACCAUCCGAGGGACCUGAAUUUGAUUACGUCACUGAGGAGGACCUACUGUUUGACGUCAUCAGCCGAGGUGGAAAGCUGGAGAGCCGCACCAGGGCUCCCGCUGUGCGCCUUAUCGGGGAGGGACUGUACAACGCUGCAGUAGGCAAGACCUCAAGUUUUGUUUUAGCUGUGCGAGAAGAUGCUUCGAUAAACAAAGCAAACGUGGAUGUUCGGAUUGAAACUCCUGAUCUGGUUAUACUCACUUGUGUCAUUAAUGAACAUAGUUCAAAGCUUUUCACGCUCAGUUACACACCUAGAAUUCAUGGUGAACACGUGAUUACCGUCCUGGUGAAUGAAGAACACGUAGAAGAAAGCCCUUACACAGUGACUGUAAAGAAAGGUCACAUGUGCUUUGCCACCAAGUCGCUCCCAGUUUGCUUACGCUUUGGUUACAAAGGUAAAGGACGGGGCGAAUUCAGAAACCCAUCCGAUGUUGCCGUGGCCAGUAAUGGAGUUAUCGCAGUUGCCGACUCACUAAAUGAUAGAAUUAAACUGUUUACAAGCAAAGGAGGAUUUAUGCGGCAGUUUGGAGGCUCUGGAGAUGAAGUUGGCAGGUUUAGCUCGCCAACUGGUCUUUGCUUUUCCCAGAGUGGGCAAAUAGUCGUCGCUGAUCAACAAAACAACCGCGUGCAAGUGUUCAGUUUGGACGGAUUGCUUUGUAAAGUAAUUCAAAAUAAAGGGCGAAAUGGGGGGAGUUUUAAGAAUCCCACGGGUGUUGCUGUUGACGAAGAAGGGCAACUGCUGGUAACAGAUCAACAGAAUCACAGAGUCGUGAUUUUUAACAACCUGGGCGUUUAUUGCAACCAGUUUGGGUCCCUGGGAACCAAAGAUGGUGAGUUUAACAACCCCUCCUACAUCGCCGUCACUCAAGAGGGCGAGAUAUUUGUCACGGAUACCUCAAACCAUCGAGUGCAGAUUUUUGACUCGGUGGGAAAGUUUCAACGAAAAUUUGGGAGGCCCGGAACUGGGGAUGGGGAGUUUCACUAUCCCUCGGGAAUAACAGUUGAUUCAUCCGGGUAUAUUUUCGUUUCUGAUCGAACCAAUCGCGUUCAAGUAUUCAACUCUCACUUACGUUUCGUCACCAAGUUUGGCGGGAAAAUAAGUGGCGACGGACAGCUAAGCAACCCGCAAGGCAUUGACUACACCCCAGAAGGCCGGAUUGCUGUGGCCGACACUGGAAAUAAUUCCGUCAAGGUUUUCUACUUCCCAAACGAGUAA